GGGAUCAAGUUCCAGUUGAUUUUGCACCCGAACUAAGAGGAGAACCAUCUGAAGCAGACCGUAUGCUUCUUUAUGUCAAAGACCUUCAUAAAAAGGAUGAUUCACAUGUGAUGCUUGAUUCUAUUAAAGGAGAGAAUUGGGACCAACAGAUAGACUACCUUUGCAUACGUCUUCAACUUUGUCGGUUAGAUAGGGUAAUAUUACUUCAAUAUUACUACCAGUUAGAAGAAAAGAUGGCUAUAUAUAAGUGGAACACAUAUGCUAAACAAGAGAUAAAAGAUCGGUUUACUUCUAGCAGAUAUAAAAAGGUCUUAAGAAUUGCUCGUCGGGUUUAUGCUUUUUAUCAAAUUCAUAGUGUUUAUAGUUUAUUAAUAUCUGAUUAUAUUUCUGCUUAUGCAAUAUUAGAAAUGACCAAAGAAAAUUUUGAAUCAUUAUUAGAGGAAGCAAAAAAGGGACGUGACAAGAAAUGGAACUACCAUCCAGUUCCACUUAG